GCAAGUCCCGCAAGUGGUUAGAGCCUUACUCCGCUCCAAAAAAUUAAUGUAAAUAAAUUUUAGCUCUGAUAGAGUAUGGAGAAUUUUAAGUUUGAAGAUUAUCGUCAUCCAUGGGAAACUGGAGAUCAUUGGGAGUUGAAGCGAGAAUUUAUGGAAAGAUAUAAAGAUACUUAUCCUAUUGAAAGAUUGUUGUGUUUAGCACAAGCUUACUCAAACAUAGAGUUGCUGCAUUGCAGUUAUCCUGUAGAUGUCAUGAAAGAAGUCCAUGAACUUUCAAAACCUUUAAAAGCUUGCAAAAUAUUUCGUGGAAGAGGUGGCAUAGCUUCCUCACAUUCAAAUGAUGCUACAACUCCUACAAACAGAGGAAAAAGGAAAGUGCUUGAUGAAAAUGCUGGUAAAAAGACGAAAUUCAUUAAUUUUUGUGCAGCCUCUGAUGUUUCAGAAAUGGAUCCCAACAGUAUGUGUAGAGAUAAGAAAGCAUCUGAACAAGAUCUAAGCCUAUCUUCAGGAGCAGAAGCUGCUUCGAUUAAAAAAGAGCGGCAUGAAGAUCCAGUUGCUCUAAAUAAAGUAGUUUGUCAGCAUGCCAGUGAUGCCGAAUGUUUAGAAAUAAUUUUAUAUAGAUUACAACAAUUUGCUAUGGAAAUCAGAAGAGAGAAGCGUUGGAACCAAAAUGUCCCAUCGUUAAUACACAAUGCUUCUAGUAAAACUAAAAUAAAAUUGAGAUAUGAUGCUUCGGAAGAUAGGAAAGUAUCUUAUAUACCUAAACCUCGUGUCCAUGUAAGCGACAAUAAGAAGAAAAAGAAGAAGACAAAUUUUUUUAAAGUAGUAUCAGAAAAAUAUAUUAUUAAACUUUAUAUUGGUGGUAUUUUUAUCACAAGUGCUGAGGAUCCUAUUAAGAAGACGGCUAAGUUAAUGGCUAAUGAAAAAGCAUUGGAGAUUUUACUUGAUUCUUCAAAUUUAUAUGCAAGACUUAUGGAAGCUGUUAAAAAUGCCUGUGAAUCAAGUUCAGUUUCUAGCAUUUGUGAAGAGAUGUUUGGUACACCUGCUAAGCCUUCUACAGGAUUAAUGGAGUUCAACGAAGAGACUGAAAGCAUUGCCUCUGUUAGCAACCUUAACAGUGAUGUUAAACAGGCGUCAGAUAUGGAAAUAAAUACUGAUCAUGAGCUGGACAUAGACAAAACCAAAUUACAGUUAAUGAAUGAAUUUGGACGUGAGUUGAUGCUAAAAUUUACAGAAGAAAUCUCAUAUUCACAAGGAAUGGAGGAACAUGUUGCAAUUACCACUGCUGCUCGAAUGAUGAAUAUUAAUGUUGAUAUUUAUGAAGAGAUUGAGGAUCAGUCAUCUCCUGAAGAAUUUUUUGUGUGCACUUUGUUUGUGAAAUCCAUUAUUGUAGGAAUUGGGAAAGGAAAAUCUAAGAAGGAAGCUAUGAGAAUGGCUGCUUCAUAUUCAAUUACCCAUUUAUUGAAUCCAAAAAUUUGGCUUCAUGAUAUGCAUGGUGGCAAUGUCUCAUCAAACGACGCACUAGAUUUAUACGAUUCAAGUGCAUCUGCAGGUGAUAUAUGCAACGUUUCUUUAGAUUCAAAUGACAUAGGCGCUAGUACUUGUCAAGAUACAUAUGGGAAAAUUAUAUCUGACGACAAGAAAUAUAUUUUAUUAAGUUCUGACAACCCUAAGGAAAAUCCUUAUCAGUGCAUAAAAAGAUUAUCGGCAACAUUAGGGACUUGUUCUAUAACUUUGGAUGAUGUUAAAAGUAUUUUUGCUUGGAUCAAAAAUAUGCCACAACAUAUUAACUGUCCUACUAUGACUGUUUUGACAGUUUCCUCUGAGAAGGCAAAGAUAAGUCAGUAUAUUUCUUACGAUUUUUCUGCCAACGAAGACACAACAGUGACCUCAAAACAGCAUUUGUGCGAAAUAUUUUUUAAAAAUAUUUUAAUUUCAUCUGGUUGUGGUCGCUCAAAGGUUAAAGCUAAAUUUAGUGCUACAGAUGCAGCUGUGGAAAAAUUAAAGAACAUGAAAAAUUUCAUUUUUAGUGUAUAUGAUGAAAGUAGAUCAUCAGCAAUUGCAUCAUCUGAGAGCUCGAAUGCUCCUGCUAUAACAUCUCCAUUUAUAAUAAACAAAAGCUUACUUGAUUCAACGCUUCAGAAACGGUUUGUUAUUAUGGAUAAUAGUGAACUUGUCGGUGAAUGUCAGAGAACUGCAACACAAAUACUUAAUCACUCAUCAGUAUUAUGUCAGAAACCCAUUGUGUAUCAAAAUGAAUCUGUAGUAUCAAAUGAUGGAUCAUUUAGGCACAGAUUUGAUGUGUUUUUCGAUGGUAAAUGUAUUGGAACUGGCAUGGGUGUUCAUAAAAACGAAGCAAAAAAAAAUGCUGCAGCUAAUGCACUCUCAAGUCUGAAAAAAGUUGUCUACACUAUUAAGAUUAGAGAUGUUCAGAAUAAGAACGAUGUUGUUAUAAAUAGACACCAGUUGAUAAAUGCAGAAUAUGGCUCUGGAGCCCUUACAGAAGACACGAAUAUCGGCUGCAAAAUGCUUAAAAGCAUGGGUUGGACUGGUGGAGGAAUUGGAAAAACAUCUGGAAUCGUGGAGCCAAUAUGGGCAGAUAAAACAAGUUUUCGUGGUCAAGGAUUUGGAUUUGAGAGCUCUGGUAACAGUGUGAGUCUGCGUGAUUUGAGGAAAAAAAUCCAAGUCCUGCUGCAAGAGUUCAAAAUAUCAAAGUCAUUUAAUGACCUCAUUUUUGCUAAAGACUUUACAAAAGAAGAAAGGAAAGAAAUACAUUGCCAUGCUUCCAGACUAAGUUUAAAUAGCACCAGUUAUGGUAUUGAAAAUCAUAGACAACUAUUUGUUCGAAACAAGUUUACAGCAUUGGAGUUACUGGAUUAUCUAGUUAAAAAUGGAGGCUCCACGAACAAAUACUAUUUGGUAGAUCAAUCCAAAGAGGAGUGAUUUUUUAAGGAAAAAAAAAACUGAUGUAAGAUUUUGUAAAUAUUCCUUUGUAUCUGAGUAUUAAA